CGAGCGGUGGCUGGCGACGCACCCAAGGCCGGGGCACUGCUGCGCCCGGCUCAGAGCCCGCGCCCCGCCUGCUGCAGACCGACCUGAGCGCCUGGCCACUGCCCGACCCCCCACUGGCCCCGAGCCCUCCUAGCCCGGCCUAGCCGAGCCCUUUCCUUCCGCCCACCGCAGCCGCAGCCGCAGCCGCAGCCGCCGCUGCCGCUCCAUCCCCAGCCCGGGCCUCGCAUCCAGGCCACCAGAAUGGACGUGUUCAUGAAGGGCCUGUCCAUGGCCAAGGAGGGCGUCGUGGCCGCCGCGGAGAAAACCAAGCAGGGGGUCACCGAGGCGGCCGAGAAGACCAAGGAGGGCGUCCUCUACGUCGGAAGCAAGACCCGAGAGGGGGUGGUACAAGGAGUGGCCUCAGUGGCAGAGAAAACCAAGGAGCAGGCGUCACAUCUGGGAGGAGCCGUGUUCUCUGGGGCUGGGAACAUCGCAGCAGCCACGGGCCUCGUGAAGAAGGAGGAAUUCCCCACCGACCUGAAGCCAGAGGAAGUGGCCCAAGAAGCUGCUGAGGAGCCGCUCACCGAGCCCCUGAUGGAGCCGGAAGGAGAGACUUAUGAGGAACCGCCCCAGGAGGAGUAUCAGGAGUAUGAGCCAGAGGCGUAAGGGCCCAGGACGGCCCCCACCAGCAGCACAAUCCCUUCCCCGCCCCCCCCUCCCCCGAGCCAGGGUUGUCCUUCUACCCUUGCCCCCCAAACACGAGAUCUUCCUUCGCUCCGA